GCGCUGCCGACCCCCUUACCUGGCCAGCGCAGCUGUGGUGCAGCCCGCUCCCCGCUCUGGGGCCUAACUAUCUGACGUAGCACCCCGAUCGCUGCUGAUCUCCAUCCCAGCUAGACCUUGCCAUCACUGGGGCGCGGCCGUGCCAAGACAGCAUUCGUUCAUUCACUCAUCGAAACACACACGUCUGUUUCCAGCUCUCCCCACGAGGUUACACGACUCAUCGCCGCUGCUGAGCUUCUCUUCUCUCUCCACAGUUGUUAUCCACAUUUUAUCUCUUUCACAGGAUCCCUGAUGGUUUCCUUUCCUCGGUAGCGGCCGCUCAGCAGCCUAAAGCCUCUUCCCUGAGCUCGCUCGCCAUUUUCCUCCUCCCUUCCCCCCCUCCCGUCCCGCAUCCUAGUGUCCGCAUUGUUCGGUACCUCCGUGCCGCUUUCUCCGCCGUAACGGAGUACUGGAUCUAAUUCCGGCCGAAGAACCGCACCUAGCCCAACCCAAUUGCUCCUACUUUGUUGCCGACACACACUCCGUCUCCCCGAGUGCAAUCAUCUGCCGAGCUUUGCCGUUGAAGCAAUUGAGCAGCAGGAGGGAUACGGCUGCAGACGCAGCGACAGCCCUUGCCCACCAUGGCGACGACCGCGGCCGCCAACGAGCUCAAGCAGCAGGGCGCUAUCGAAGCUUCGCGAGACCCCAACAGCAAUGUGACCGCCGAGGAUGCCGAACGCAGGAUUGUUGAGGACAGCAUGGGGGCAGGAGUGACAGCCUUCACCUUCGACCCUGAUGCUAGCCCAGAAGAGAAGAAAGCCCAGGCAAGAGAGGCGAUCCCCGAGGGUUUCCACCACAGGCCCAAAGGCGUCGCGAUCGUGAGCGAUAUCGACGGCGGAACCACGGCCGAUGUCGACCUGCCAUCUCCCUCCAAAGCCGGAGCGGUCGAGGUCGUCAAGGACGAGAGCGGGAAGCUAGUUGCGGAUGGCCAGGCCAUCGAGGAAGAGUUCGAUUGGAGCAAAGCAGGUUGGGCUCCGAGGUUCGGUUGGCCUGACGAGCCCGCCGACGAGGGCGAGGACAUGCUGGACCAUUCGACCUGGGUCGAGUCGCAAUUGUCCGAGAAGUUCUUUGGAGAUUGGUACCACAACGCGGCGGUCAUUGCCUUUGCAUGUCUCUCCUCAUGGCUAGUGGCCGUGCUGGGCGGCGGUCUCGCCUGGGUCUUCAUCAUCAUGGCCAUCUGCGCGACGUAUUACCGCACCUCGAUCCGCCGAGUCCGUCGGAACUUUCGGGACGACAUAACCCGCGAAUUGUCUCUCAAGAAGCUCGAGACAGACAAUGAGUCCGUCGAGUGGAUCAACUCCUUCUUGGUCAAGUUCUGGCCCAUCUACCAGCCCGUUCUCGCCCAAACCGUGAUCAACACGGUCGACCAGGUCCUGAGCAACGCCACGCCGGCCUUCCUGGACAGCCUCAAGCUCAAGUCCUUCACCCUGGGCUCGAAGCCGCCACGGAUGGAGCACGUCAAGACGUACCCCAAGGCCGAGGACGAUGUCGUGAUAAUGGAUUGGAUGUUCAGCUUCACCCCCAAUGACACGGCUGAUAUGACGGCGCGCCAAAUCAAGAACAAGGUCAAUCCCAAGGUCAUCCUGGAGAUUAGGGUCGGCAAGUCCAUGGUCAGCAAAGGCCUGGAUGUGAUCGUCGAGGAUAUGGCCUUCACCGGUCUGAUGCGCCUCAAGAUCAAACUGCAGAUUCCCUUCCCUCACGUCGAGAAGAUCGAGAUGAGCUUCCUAGAACGGCCCACUAUCGACUACGUCUGCAAGCCGCUGGGAGGCGAGACGUUUGGUUUCGACAUCAACUUUAUCCCCGGCCUUGAGAAGUUCAUCAUGGAGCAGAUCCACGGGACCCUCGCCCCGAUGAUGUACGCGCCAAACGUGUUCCCGAUCGAGGUCGCCAAGAUGCUGGCCGGCACGCCCGUCGACCAGGCUAUCGGUGUGAUUGCCAUCACGCUGCAUGGCGCCCAGGGGCUGAAGAACACCGACAAGUUUGCCGGCACACCCGAUCCAUAUGCUGUGGUUUCCCUCAACAAGAGACAGCCGCUCGCGCAGACCAAAGUGGUCAAGGAGAACGCCAACCCUCGCUGGAACGAGACGCACUACGUCAUCAUCACCUCGUUCAACGAUUCCCUGGACAUUGAAGUUUUCGAUUACAACGACAUCCGCAAGGACAAGAAACUUGGCUCCGCAUCUUUCGCGUUGGAAAACGUGGAGGAAGUGUACGAUCACGAGAACGAGAGGCUGGAACUCAAGCAUGACGGUAAGGCGAGGGGUGUCGUGCUUGCCGACAUCCGUUUCUUCCCGGUCUUGGAACCCAGGGAGGGUGAAGACGGAGCCGCGGAACCUGCCCCGGAGUCAAACCAGGGUAUCCUGCGCUUUACUGUCGAGCAAGCCAAGGAGCUAGAUGGAUCGAAGAGCCUGGUCGGCUUGCUCAACCCGUACGCCAUGCUUCUCCUGAACGGCAAGGAGGUACACACUACAAAGAAACUCAAGCGGACCAACAACCCGAUCUGGGACAACGGGUCCAAGGAGAUCCUGAUCACGGACAAGAAGAACGCCAAGCUCGGCGUGGCCAUCAAGGACGACCGUGACAUCGCUGGCGACCAGCUCGUUGGAACGUAUCAGAUCAAACUCGAGGACAUGCUCGAACUCAUGGCCAAGGGCCGGGAGUGGUACAACCUCGCCGGAGUCAAAACCGGCCGCGUCAAGAUGAUGGCCCAAUGGAGACCGGUAGCGAUUGCGGGUAUCGCAACCGGCACUGGCGGUUACAGGACCCCAAUCGGCGUCUUGCGGGUUCACUUCAAGUACGCCAGGCAGCUCCGGAACGUGGAGGCCCUCGGCAAGUCCGACCCGUAUGCCCGGAUUGUCAGUGCGGGCAUCGAAAGGGGCAGGACAGUCACAUUCAAGAACAACCUCGACCCUGACUGGGACGAGGUGCUCUAUAUUCCCCUCCAGAGUCCGAAGGGACGUAUGCAGCUCGAGGUCAUGGACGCCGAGAAUGUAGGAAAGGAUCGCAGCCUCGGGCUCACCGAGAUCGACAAGGCCGACUACGUGAUCCAAGGCGAGAACGGCGAGUGGCUCGUGCACGACGAGAAGGUCGAGCAUCACGACGGGUUGCGCAUGCACGGUAAGGGAACGGCAAAGGGCGUGCUGACGUACACCGUGGCCUUCUACCCGACUCUCAAUGUCGCGGACCCGGAGGAGGAAGAAGAGAAGGAGAAAGAAAAGGAAAAAGGGGACGAAAAGCAGCAAGAGCAAGAGAACGGGCAGGAAAAGAAGGAAGCCGGGAGCGACAAGGACAAGUCUUCCCUGAGCAGGCCGUCGCUCGACGCGAGGGCGUCUGUCAGGCAGUCCCUGGACGUGAGGUCCAACGACGGGAAAGAGCUCAGUGCGCCGGCGACGCCAACCAGUCCUACGUCCGUUAUCUCCCCUAGGAGGUCGCGCGAUGAGAGGGAACCCCCCAAGGUGUACCUCACGCCUGAGGAACUGCUCAGGCACGACUGUGGCGUCGUCAUCUUCCGUCUCAUGGAGGCGGAACUUCCCAGGAGCCAGUGCCGCAUCGAGGUCUACGUCGACGACAUGGCCUUCCCCUCCUAUGUCUCCUCGACGGCAAAGUCACGGAAUAACAAGUUUGACGAGAUUGGUGACUGCUUCAUCCGCGAGCUGGAGUUCUCGAAAUUGACCAUCGUGGUCACCGAGAAAGGAGACAAGCACGACGAUGCUCACGAGAAGCGCGCGCUAGCUCGUUUGUCUGGCAACACGCUCGACACUCUGAAGCAGUGCCUGAACAACCCUACGGUUCUCAAGAUGAGGGGUGAAGACGGCGAAAUGUACUCGGUGAGAGUCAGCCUCAAGUACGUCCCGGUCAGGAUGCAACUCGACCCGAGCGAAAGCAUCAACAACAUGGGCAACCUCCGAGUCGACGUUCUGGAUGCCCAAGAUCUCCCGGCUGCCGACUCCAAUGGCAAGAGCGACCCCUUCGUCAGGUUCGAACUCAACGGCCAGGAGGUUUUCAAGACCAAGACGCAGAAGAAGACGCUGAACCCAACGUGGGGCGAGGUGUUCAACGUGUCGAUUCCUUCCCGGACCGCCGCCAAGUUCCGGGCCACGGUGUGGGACUGGGACUUUGCCGACAAGCCCGACUACCUCGGAGGCGUCGAUAUCAACUUGGCCCAGCUCGAGUCUUUCCGAGCGCAGGAGUUCAGGUACGUGUUGGAUGGCAAAUCGGGCGUGCUCCGUGUCCGCAUGCUCUUUACUCCCGACUACGUGACCCGCACGAGACAGGGGACAUCGACCCUGGCGGGGACAUUUUCGGUGCCAACCAGGAUCGUGACCGGCGUUGCCGGCGUUCCUAUCAAGGGCGGCGUGGCAGUGGCCGGGGCGGUUGGUCAUGGCGUGGGCAAGGGAGCCUCGUUCCUCUUCCGCGGGAUACGCGGCAAGAAGGACGACGACAGCGGCAGCGAGUCGGACCGGAACUCGGUCGAUGUUCCGCGGAUCGUCACGAGCGGAGGCGCGGACGAAACAAGCAACGGUGCGGCCGCCGACGGCAGCGUGUCCCCGGGGCGCCACAGCCGCACCAAGAGCGUGGGCGCCUCGUCGAUCCACAGCGCCAUCGUUCCCGGCGCGGCAUCGGGCACGGCCUCGUUCACCAUCAUCUCGGCCUCGGGCUUCCCGCCGUCGGCCGACGUGUACGUGGUCGUCACCCAGCUGCGGGACGGCAAGUCGAAGCAGGUCGGAAAGACCAAGCACCGCAAGUCGUCGAGCGGCACGGUCAAGUUCGACGAGACGUUCCGCAUCCAGUGCACGCCGGACGCGCAGUUCAAGGUCGAGGCCAAGGAGCACCACACGUUUGGCAGCGACGACGCGCUCGGAGAGACUCUGUACUUUGUGGACGACUCCAACACGGGCAUGGAGAGGACGCUGGCGGUGGGGAGCGGCACGGUCGUCAUCAAGAGCUCGUUUACGCCGUCGGAGGACGGUGGUGGCAGCAGGCUGAUCCCGGAUAGCCCCAAGUCGACCAAGUCCAUCGCCGGCGGGGUUAGGCGGAGCAUCUUGAACAAGCGGGAGCUGAGGCUGCCGAGCCGGGAUGGAGCGCCUCCUUCUUAGUUGGCAGGCGGCGGUGGUUGGUCGCUGAGCUCGCAGACCUUGCGAGCAGUUGGGGCUGCAGAGAGGAAGGGAAGAAGGAAGGUGGGUUUCGGGUUAUGAAAAGCAGCCUGAUUUGACGAUCUGGUUUCAAUACUCUACGGUAUCUCUCUGCAUUGGAUUAGCAUUAAUACUGCUUUGUUUGGCGGGGG